AACGGGCAGAGCGCACUCCUAGGCGGCUUCUCCAGAGCUCAGGCUGGAACUGGCGGGCGCCGCGAGUCCAGGGCACCCCCCAAGCUGAGUGAGCAGGACGCGCACCCACCACCACAGCCACCCCACGGCCGCUGAAUGAAGCUGCCAGGCGUCCGCCCCCGGCCCGCAGCGCCCCGCGGGAAGCGCGCCCGCUGAGACGCGGCCGGGGUGCCACAGCCAGUGCGCUCACCUGCCAGCCUGCGAGCCAUGGGGCAACCCGGGAACGACAGCGACUUCUUGCUGGCGCCCAAUGGAAGCCAAGCGCCGGGCCACGACAUCACUCAGGAACGGGACGAGGCGUGGGUGGUGGGCAUGGCCAUGGUCAUGUCGCUUAUUGUCCUGGCCACCGUGUUUGGCAACGUGCUGGUCAUCACAGCCGUUGCCAAGUUCGAGCGACUGCAGACGGUCACCAACUACUUCAUCACCUCCCUGGCUUGUGCAGACCUACUCAUGGGGCUAGCGGUGGUGCCGUUUGGGGCCAGCCACAUCCUUAUGAAAAUGUGGACUUUUGGCAACUUCUGGUGUGAAUUUUGGACUGCCAUCGAUGUGUUGUGCGUCACCGCCAGCAUCGAGACCCUGUGUGUGAUCGCGGUGGAUCGCUACUUUGCAAUCACGUCACCCUUCAAGUACCAGAGCCUGCUGACCAAGAAUAAGGCCCGAGUGGUUAUUUUCAUGGUGUGGAUUGUGUCAUGUCUUACCUCCUUCUUGCCCAUCCAGAUGCACUGGUACCGGGCCACCCACCAGGAUGCCAUCAACUGCUAUGCCAACGAGACCUGCUGUGACUUCUUCACGAACCAAGCCUAUGCCAUCGCUUCCUCCAUCGUGUCCUUCUACGUGCCACUGGUGAUCAUGGUCUUUGUCUACUCCAGGGUGUUCCAGGUGGCCAAAAGGCAGCUCCAGAAGAUUGACAAAUCUGAGGGCCGGUUCCACGCCCAAAACCUCAGCCAGGUGGAGCAGGACCGGCGGAGCGGGCAUGGACUUCGCAGAUCCUCUAAGUUCUGCUUGAAAGAGCAUAAAGCCCUCAAAACAUUAGGCAUCAUCAUGGGGAUUUUCACCCUGUGCUGGCUGCCUUUCUUCAUUGUCAAUGUUGUGCAUGCCAUUCAGGAUAACCUCAUCCCUAAGGAAGUUUACAUCCUCCUCAACUGGCUGGGCUACAUCAAUUCUGCUUUCAACCCUCUUAUCUAUUGCCGGAGCCCAGAUUUCAGAAUUGCCUUCCAGGAGCUUCUGUGCCUACGCAGGUCAUCUUCCAAGGCCUACGGAAACGGCUACUCCAGCAACAGCAAUGGCAAAACGGACUAUACAGGGGAACAGAGUGGAUGUCACCUGGGGCAGGAGAAAGAAAGCGAACUGCUGUGUGAGGACCCCCCAGGCAUGGAAGGCUUUGUGAACUGUCAAGGUACUGUGCCUAGUGAUAGCAUUGAUUCUCAAGGGAGGAAUUGUAGUACAAAUGACUCACUGCUGUAAUGCAGGUUUUCUACUUUUUAAGAUUCCCCUCCCCAACAGAACACUAACCAGUCUAUUUAAGUUGAGUGUAAUAAAUUUAGAAUAAAAUUGUACAGAGAUUUGCAAGAGAAGGGCAUCCUUCUGCCUUUUUUAUUUUUGUAAGCUGUAAAAAAGAGAAAAUGUUAUUUGAGUGGUUUUUUGUUUCUUGUACAGUGCAGUUACUCUUUGCAGGAAACUUAGGUUUAUGUCUAAAGGGUGUUAGUCCUGGAGAACCUGGGUCUGUAUGUUUUGAUGACUUUUCCAUGUAUCUACCUCAUUGGUCAAGUAUUAGGGGUAAUAUAUGCUGCUGGUCAUUUGUAUCUGAAGAUUUUCUUUCCUGCACCCUUGGACUUGAAAAUCCUGAGUGUCUCGGACUUUUGUCAGCUGUGAACAUGGACUCUCCCCCACUCCUCUUAUUUGCUCAAAUGGAAUGUUAUAGGCAGGGAUUCGAGGGACAGCUUCAGUUGUUUUUCUGAGCAAAGUCUAAAGUUUACAGUAAAUAAAUUGUUUGACCGUGACUUCAUUGCA